ACCAGUCCAAGUCCAAGUUAGGCACGACCGGAAUACAUGCAUGCAUGCUGCGAUUAGCCUCAAAAAUUUGGUUGCAAUAUCGAUCGUCUUACACAGAGAAAUGUAGCAAUAUUUUUCUCCAUGUUUUUAAGCUAGCGUUGGUGCCGGCUAUAAAUUCCACCACGCCCACGAUCACUCACAACUCAUCAGCUCGAUCGUCGCCACAUUUACACACUACCGAGAGCAUCGAUCGCGCUGAUGACUCGCCUCCUCAUCGUCCUCCUCGGUGCCGCAUUGCCGCUCCUCUUCUCCCUUGCAGAGGGGGGCGAGGUGGGCGUGUGCUACGGGAGGGUGGCGACUGAUCUGCCGGAUCCGGCGUCCGUGGUGCAACUACUCAAGAAAAACAGCAUCACCAUGGUGAGGAUAUACGACACCGACCCCACGGUGCUGCGCUCGCUGGCCAACACCAACAUCAAGGUGACGGUGGAGCUGACCAACGAGGAGCUGCCGCUCGCGGCGGCCGACCAAAAUAAUUUCGCGCUCCGGUGGGUGCAGAGCAACGUGAAGGCCUACUACCCGGCCACGCUGAUCAAUGGCGUGACGAUCGGGAACGAGGUCUUCAAAGAGGCUAGCCAUCUAAACUCUCAGCUCGUCCCGGCCAUGAAGAACGUGCAGGCGGCGUUGGCUAAGCUGGGCCUGGCGGACGCCGUGAAGGUGACAACGCCCAUCGCGUUCGACGCGCUCAAGACGUCGUUCCCACCAUCCGCCGGCGCGUUCAAGGAUGACAUCGCACUGUCGGUGAUGAGCCCCAUGGUCGACUUCUUGCAACAGACCGGGUCGUACCUCAUGGUGAACUUCUAUCCGUACCUUGCGUACCUGGAUACCCCUGGCAUGUCAAUUAACUACCUCUUGUUCCGCCCCAAUAACGGCGUGCCUGACACUGUUAGCGGGCAAACCUACUUCAGCCUCUUCGACGCCGAGCUCGACGCAGUCUACUAUGCGAUGGAGAAGCUCCCGUCGUCCAGCAUGCACGUUGGGGGGAUGAGGAAGCUCACGGCAGGAGGCGGAAGCCUAGACGUCCACCAAGGAGAGCACGGGCACCCAAACAAAGGCCACAAAGGGGUGGGAACCCCACAAAACGCCCAAGAUUUCAUGGCUGGUCUCACCCUCCAAGUGCUGCAGGGUAACUCUGCCACCGCCGCCGCAAACGGGCACAACCUGCUCGCCGCCAGCGCCGUCCGCGGCACCCCGCACCGGCCCAACGCCGAUCUGAACGUGUACAUCUUCGCCCUCUUCAACGAGAACAAUAAGCCCGAAGACGAGCAGGACUUCGGGUUGUUCUACCCGAACCAGCAACCCGUGUACCCGAACCCGAUCGACUUCGUUCAUGGCGGCACCAUCGGCGGGCCCUUGCAGGCAAGCUAUUGCGUGGCGAACGCGGCGGUCGGGGACGUGGCCUUGCAGGCGGCGCUAGACUACGCGUGCGGCAACGGGGCGGACUGCAGCGCCAUCCAGUCAGGCAAGCCCUGCUACGAGCCCAACACCAAGCUCGCGCACGCGUCCUACGCCUUCAACGACUACUACCAGAAGAACGGCCGGGUCAGGAGCGCUUGCGACUUCAGCGGCGCCGGCACCAUUGUGAACCAGGCACCAUCAGGUGCAUGCGACCCGAGCCCGAGCUGGUGCGUGGCGAACGCGGCGGUGGGCGACACGCGUCUGCAGGCGGCGCUGGACUACGCCUGCGGCCGCGGCGGCGCGGACUGCACAGACAUCCAGCCCGGAGCACGGUGCUUCGACCCCGACACCAAGGUCGCGCAUGCGUCCUUCGCGUUCAACAGCUAUUACCAGCGGCGUGGCAGGGCCACCGGAACGUGCGACUUCGCCGGCGCCGGUACCAUUGUCCGGCAGGCACCAAAGAUCGGCAACUGCGUGCUGCCGUCAAGGGCCUGAGGUGAAGAAUUAAACUAGCCAAGGCCAAGCUUUGCUACCCUACCUACGAGAUUAAGCAAUAAUCAUCUGCUGUCAACAAAGUCUAGUUUUCAAAGUUUAGUCUGGCUUGGUCCUUUGAGAACGUUGCCUUUUUGUUCCCUUAGCCCUGCGUGGCCAGUUUCAGGUUUUUAUUUUUAUUUUUUUGGCUUAGCUACUCUGGCAUGGCCUUAACGCUAUAAACUGUCAUGGCUUUGGCUUGCUCCAUUUUAAUAAAAAAAAGGCAGGGGGGUUCAUUAAAAAA